CUCUCGUUUCCAGAUUUAUUUGUACAACAGCAAGCACUUUGAAAGUCAACUCAUGGCAGCAUAUGCAGCUCUGCUAUCAGUUACAUCUCUGAUAGACCAGAUCCAAAAUCAUCCCUGCAGCCCUCCAAUUACUCUUGAUGAAAACGAUAUUCUUGUUGCAUCUCUCUCCACGAGCAUCACCUGCUUGAGAGAGUUUCUUGAGUCCUAUUAUUCCAUUUCCCGCAUCGAAGAAUCUUCUGGUGAAUUAACUGAAAGGCUGGAGAGGAGAAUAGCAGAUGUGGCCUAUGCUGCUGCAGAUCUGAUUGAAUCCCACAUACAUGAUCAGGCAUCAGGGAUCGAGAUCGAUGAUCACUUCGAUGAAAAUCUACACCAAGUAAUAGAUCACAUGUCAUCUAUCGCCAUGGAGACCAAAGAGAAGCAGCUGCAGUACCAACACCUCAUCAUCAAUGAUAGUUUCGAAAGACCAGCUCCUUCGACAGGCCUAAAGUCGACGUCAAUGGUGGGGUUUGAUGAUGUGUUCAAUGAAGUCCUAGACAAGCUCAUGGCCGAUCAAUCUAAUCGCCGCAUCAUCCCCAUUGUUGGCAUGGGCGGUAUUGGUAAGACUACUCUCGCCAGUAAUGCUUAUGAAAACCAAUCUGUUGUGCAACAUUUUGAUGUUCGUUCGUGGGUCGUAGUUUCACAAGACUAUGAUGUGCGCGAUAUUCUUUCGAAAGUUCUUGUCGAUCUAAAUAAAGGAGAGAGAGGAGAAAUGUUGCGCAAAGUGAGCGAAGAAGAAGUAGGAGAGAAAGUACACAAAAGCUUAUUCGGUAGACGAUAUUUGAUUGUGUUGGACGAUAUGUGGAGCAUUCAAGUAUGGAAUAAGAUAAGUCGUUAUUUUGUCGAAAACAACAAUAGGAGUAGAAUAAUAAUAACAACUAGGUUAUCAAAUGUUGCAUCAGAGCUGUCUCACAAUAAGGUUGUGAUGGAUUUUCUAGACGAUCAAAAGAGUUGGAAUUUACUUUGCAAUGUUGUGUUUGGGGGAUCAGAAACUUGUCCUUCUGAAUUGGAGGAAAGUGGGAGAAAAAUUGCAAUGGAUUGCAAAGGGCUCCCUUUGUCGAUCAUUGUCAUGGGAGGAAUCUUAGUAAAGUCUACACAAACCCGAAAAGAUUGGGAGUUUAUUGCCGAUAAAUUGAACUUGAGUAUAGCCUUAGAGCGCGAGGAGCAUUGUUUACAAAUAUUACGUACGAGUUUUGAUCAUUUGCCGGUUCAUCUAAAGCCAUGUUUUCUAUAUUUGGGAAUUUUCGCCGAAGAUAAGGAGAUCAAGACUUCUAAUCUCGUUAAGCUAUUGGUUGCCGAAGGAUUUGUAAAACCAAUCUUCGGUAAGAGUAUGGAACUAGCCGCCGAAGAGUAUAUAAUGGAUCUUGUCGAUAGAAAUCUAGUUUUAGCUACGGUUAUAGGAUCUACUGGGAAACCAAAGGUUUGUAUUGUUCAUGAUCUUGUCCGCGACCUUUGCAUAAGAGAAGCAGAAAGGCAGAGGUUUCUUUGUGUUGCAAGGAAAAGUAAUCUCAGCGUUCCACAAGGUAUAGAUGGCCAUCGCCGUGUUGCCAUUCAUCGAAGCACAUUGAAAGAUGAACAUCUUCUUCUAGUUCUCGAUGCCUUGAGACCAGCAUCGCGUGUUCAUUCAGUAAUGUGUGAUAUUAUUGGUGUUUUCCCACGUCCUCCUUCAAGAACGCUGAGAAUAUUGAAUUUGACUAAUCGAAAUUCUUUGGAUUCAAGACAAUCCGAGUGGUUCUUUGAGGAUGUUCUUAGGUCGGUUAACUUGCGCUUCCUGGCCUUCAAUCCUCAUUUGAGCCGAGAGUUCUCAUUUUCCUCUUCAAUAUACCUUCUCUGGAAUUUGCAGACAUUGAUCAUUAACAAGGAUUUCUUGACGCCAUUCGAAAUUUGGAAGAUGCCUCAGCUCAAACAUGUCAAGGUCACUCGCCUUUGCCUCCCGGAUCCCCCCUCGAAUGGUCAUGUUCUAGCGAAUCUACAAACUUUAUCUUGUGUUAUUAAUUUUAAAUGCGACGAAGCUGUGGUUAAGAGGAUCCCUAACAUCAGGAGACUGAAAAUUGCUUACGGCGAUGUGCUUAAGGGAGGAUGGUCCAAGAAUUACUAUCUUAGUAAUCUUGGACGUCUACAAAAGCUUGAAUCAUUUUCUUGUUGGUUCAGUUUAUCGACUAAUAGUCCAAGUAGAAGUGAUUGUUUUCAGAAGAUUUCGUUCCCAGAGUCUCUUGUAAAGUUGGAAGCGUAUUCCUCACCCUUUUCUUGGGAAGAAAUAACAACGAAUAUAGGCGCAUUGCCACAUCUACAAGUGCUCAAGCUGAAGUUUGGUGUCCGAGGACGCGAGUGGAACUUAGUUGAUGGUAAAUUCCGAAGCCUGAGAUUCUUGUUGAUUCAUGGAGUUAGGCUCAAACAUUGGACAGCAGAGAGCCAACAGUUUCCAAGACUCGAGCGCAUUUCUCUUGCGCAAUUGUACGAGUUGAAGGAGAUACCUCUCGGCAUUGGAGAUGCACCGAAACUCCGAUCCAUUGAUAUGGAGUAUUGCCAUGAUUCUGUGGUGAUUUCAGCUCAGGAAAUAUUAGACGAGCAAGAUGAGCUUGGGAAUGCAGGUGGCCUUAAAGUUCGAGUAUUGGCUCCUUUGGCUCGCCGUUUCGUCGAGCUGCGCCCCAACACUGCAGUUGAUUUGGAUUUGUAGUGCGCACACUACAAAAAAGUUGAAAUUUAACUACAAAAAGAUUUCAUAGAAAAAUGUAUAAAUUCAUAGCAAAAAUAUUUUGGCGACAAAACUUAUUUUGUCGCCUACACAGCGUUAGUAAAAGUCUUUGGCUACAAACAUGACUUUCAUAACAAAAAAUAAUUUUUUUACAAUGAAAGUUAAGAAAAGAGAUAUAGAUAUAAAAAUAAAAUUUUGUAGCUAAAGUCAUUUUGCUAUAAAAUUAAAAGUCAUAAUAAAAGAGUUUUAUCAACAAAAUAUGUAUAAUUUUUUUAGGCAAAUGGUUUUAGCCAUGAAAAAUAAUUUUGUAGCAAAAACUUUUUUGCUAUGAAUAUAUAAUUUUUUAGCAAAAGAAUUUUAGCAACAAAAAUAAUUUUGUAGUACGUAAUUUAUUUUUGGCUAUGAAAUUAAUUUUUGUGCUAAAUAACACGUUUUAACUACAAAAAUAUUCCGUAAUUAAAAGUAUUACAGCUAAUUAGAUUAAUGGCGCGUCAAAAUGUGUUCUUGUUGAACAAGACAACUGUGCUUUGCUACAAAUUUUGUGUGAUUGUUUAAUUUGCUAAGAUCUAAGUGGUAUAUAUAAUUUUACCUUAAGACUUCUUUUGAAAAUGAUUAUGAUUCAACUUUGAUUUCUCAAUCUUACAUUAUGUAUAUUCUGGAAUUAGAAUUUCUACAUAUUUAUCUAAUCCCAUAAAUGAGACCUACAUUAUGUACAUAAAGAAAACACAAGCUACUUUUCUAACACUUAUAAAUCAUGACCAUUACUAAGUUAGUUAUGCUAUUUUGUUCCAUGGAAUUCAGUCACUAAAAUUCCAUAUUAGUAGGUGAGACUUAGUCAUCACCAUGACUAAGUUGUCUAUACAAAUAUGUUCCAAGUUUGUGUCACAUCUCAUCACUUGUCAUUACUCAAUUAUGUUGAAAAUAGUUUCUUCGACCAUCCCAUCACUUGUCAUGACUUAAUUAUGUUGAAAAU